AUGAAGGAAAACAAUGCUUUUUCAAAUAAGCCCAUAUUUCAAAGUCAUUCCCCUUUAUCUAAUCUCGAAAAUCAUGGCCCAAAUAAUGCAGAUCCGGCCUUUAAUGUUGAUGAUUCCCUAAUUGAAGUGGGUGUAACAGUGGAUUCGAGCCCAUCCCAUACUGUCGAUUGUUUACAAAAAGGGACCCAUAAGAAAACAAAUAGUCAUUCUAUUAUUCUUCAUAUUUGCCCUAAUUGGUUUGCAAAAAAAAAUUCUACCAAAGCUCCUCGUCGGCGAUUCUCUCAAGUGGAACAAGGGAAAUCAAUUAGGCCUUAUAAACUCUCUCUAAGAGAUCCAGAUUGGUCCAUUCAGGAGGUUAUAUGUGGUGAGAAGCAGAGUUUGGAAGGCAAGGGGGAUGAGGAUCCUUCGAAGAAGACAAGGGGAUUCAAGAAUGCUGAGGAUAUUUUGAAGAACGAAAUGGGACUUACAGAGAAGGUACUUCCAAUUUCUCUAUCGACGGAGACUGGUUCCUAG